AAAAAAAAAAAACAAUUUCUGUAUCAUAUCGAUACAUUGAUUCAAUUUAUUAUCACAUCUUCUUGACUUGAUUGUCACUUUUCAAAAUGUCUACGUUAUAAACUAAGCUUCCAAAGCUGCUAAAAUUGCAGUCAAACUAGAAAAUCGGUGAAAUUCGCACGACCCCCAUAAAGAACAAAAUUGACCAAAAAAAUUUUCAAAUUAUGCAAACGUUAUUGAAGUAAGGGAUAGUAGCGAGUCUAUAUCUUAUAACAAACACAUAAAUCAAGAUGCCAGUCAAAGCUAUAGCGAGGACAUCUAUUGCUCGUAAUGGUGUGGGAGCUUUUGUUCCAUCAUGUCAUAGAGUUUCUAUUCAAUAUUGUAAUUGGGGAGGUUCAUCCACUGGAUUAAGACAAGCUUUAAAGACAGGUAAAAUCGAUAAAUUUGCAGGUGAAACACAAUAUAUCUUUUAUGAAGUCACUAAGAAGCCUGGUCAUCCUAUAUUAAAAUUCCAUUAUUCCAAUGAUACUGUUCAAGAAGUAUCAGUUGCUAACUUGAAGGCUGAAGAAAUUCUUGAUAAAUUAGAUCAUUACAGUCAAAGAUCAGGUAACAAAUUAAUUAAAUUCAAUCAUAAAGUCAUGUCCGUCAACGAUUCUGUUAGAGGUAUAUGGUCUCCAUUACAUCUUCCAAAGACCCAUAGACACAAGAUAUGAGAAGACAAGUUACAUCUUAAUCUAGAGACUUCCAGUUACGAAAUUUUCCCAUUGCAUAUAUCAUUACAACGCUUUUGGACUAACGAAAUUCUUACCAAUUUUGGCCAAUCAGUCAAGAGAAUUAUAUAUAUGACCUGUAAAUAGUUAUUAAAUCUAAUGUCAUUAAAUUUGCUUGCUUUAUUUAAGAGUAGUAGUAUAUCCACCCACAAGUUAACAAUUUAAUAAUAAUUAAUAUUAAUGAGCUACACUGAUAACUACAACGAUAAAUAU